AUGCCAUCCAACGUUAUCAUCAUCCACCCUGAUCUCGGGAUCGGGGGUGCCGAACGUCUCAUCAUCGACGUCGCCCUUGCGCUUCAAAACCGCGGCCAUCAAGUCACAAUCUACACAUCCCACCGCGACGAAUCACAUUGUUUUGAGGAAGCUCGAGAUGGGACGCUUGAUGUCCGCGUGCGCGGAAAUACCGUUUUCCCAGCGCUCUUAUUUGGCAGGUUUCAUCUAUUGAUGGCCAUGUUGCGUCAGUUGCACCUUACGAUAUCUGUUCUUACGGAGAUGGGUCGAACGGAUAAGAAACGAAACUCUAGUCGGGAUGGGCUGGAUUUUCAGGAUGAUAUAUUUAUUAUUGACCAAUUGCCGGCCUGUGUUCCAAUUCUGAAACUUUUUGGCGAACGAUUCGCUAGCCACGGUAUUCAAAACAAUAAUCAUAAUAGGUAUAAACAGCGGAUUCUUUUUUACUGCCAUUUCCCAGACCAGUUAUUGGCGCGACGCAAUGAAGCGAACUCGGUGUUACGAUUGUUCAAAAAUGCAUAUCGAUAUCCAUUAGAUUGGUUUGAGGGCUGCGCUAUUAGUGCUUCGGAUAAGGUCGUUGCGAAUUCAAAUUUCACUCGCGGCGUGGUCAAACAUGUCUUUGGUGAAACGCAUAGACUGGGUGAUGUUAGCAUUGUGUAUCCAUGUGUUGACACUAAGGAGGGUCCUGUGAGAAUCAGCAAACCAGUCAUUGAGCAGGGUAGUCUUUGGGGCGGGAAGAAAAUUGUGCUAAGCAUUAACCGCUUCGAAAGGAAGAAGGGCACUGAUCUAGCUAUUCGCGCCUAUCAUGGAUUGUCUGUGGAGGCGCGGAAGGGGACACGACUGGUCAUAGCAGGUGGCUACGACAACCGCGUUCUAGAAAAUGUUCAGUAUCACAGAGAACUGGACGACCUGGCGCUCGGCUUUGGGUUACAAACCGCGACUUCCAAGACUGUGAUCUCCGCACUUUCAAUUCCCGAUUCGAUCGAUGUAUUAUUCCUUCUUUCUGUGCCCAGUGCAUUCAGAGAUACUCUUCUUCACAACUCAAAGCUUUUACUUUAUACACCCGUCAACGAACAUUUUGGCAUCGUCCCCGUCGAGGCGAUGCACGCCGGUCUUCCCGUGCUUGCAUCAAACACGGGAGGACCAUUAGAAAGUAUCGUUGAAGGAGAAACUGGCUGGUUGAGGGAUACAAAACACAUAAACGAAUGGACUGCGAUCAUGGAAAAGGUUCUAUUGGAAAUGACGGAGCAAGACUUUGAAAAUAUGGCUAGGAACGGAGUGGAAAGAGUUGAAAGUGAAUUCUCGCUCCACGCGCUGGAGGAUAAGCUUGAAGGUGAGAUUCGGGGUAUGCUCGGCGCGGAGAGAAGGCCCUUUGCUGCCGCUGCUGAGCUGUGGAAGAUGUUUUUUGCGUUUCUUUUUUCGGGAAUUGCUUUGGCAUUCUUCUUGAGAUAUCUUGUUCUGGACAAAUCUACUUUAGCACGACUCAAUUGUUGUAAGAAGAGGCAGCAAGGCAAAAUGCCAGUGGUUAUUGACCUCAUCGAUUCCUCUUCUCCUCCACCAUCGACCCAACCACGACCUCUAGGCGUGCGGCGUUCCCCUGCGACGAGACCACCGAGUUCCCCGAAUUUCCUAUCCGAUAAUUUUGACUCCUCGGUAUUUGUCUAUGACGACCCUGGACAAAAACAGCAGCAGAACGAGCGAUUUGCAAAGACACGGAGAAUCACACCAGAGUUAGACGAUAAAUUUCAACUCCCCAAUGAUUCUUCUCUUUUCACGUUUUCUGAUGAUAUCCAUGUCAACUCCCCCGCACUCCCACCUCUUCCACCACCACUACAGUCCUCAGUGAGCCGAAACAAUGACAGGAGCGCCCAGAAAGAUAUACCCACAGGAAAGACCUGCCAUUGGGAUGGAUAUGAAUCUGAUCCUGUCGUAUUCACGUCCUCUGCACCGGAACGAACAACGGCGACAGAGAGACAAAAAUCGCGGAUAGCAAAGAACAAAACGACUGCUACUAUUACGAUUGAUGAUGAUGGUAUUGAAGAAUUUAGUGAUCCCUUUGUUUGGCGGGAUGAGGGGUCGGAUAAAAUCUUGGACGAUCCGAGGCAGAAGCAGCAGUGGCGGCGGCAGCCCGCUUUGAAACGAGGCUACUCGGAUAGGACAGCAUCUUUGCUGGCGAGCUUGAGUGACAAUAUUGGGAAGGCUGGCAGCACGUCCAGUGAAAAGCCACGUAUUGGCUCACGAGGGUUGAAACGAAGGGAUAAUUUCGACUUGGACUUGGUUUCAGACAUACUCGAAGAGCCGGAAAAAGCAACAAAGCCGAAGAGAAAGCCUAAGCUGAAUUUAAACGAGAAAGAAGCGAGGGCGAAAGAGCGUGCGGCAGCGAAAGCACGGCUUGAACGAGAAAAAGAAGCCGAAAAAGAACGAAAGCGACUACAGAAAGAAGAGAAGGCCAAGGAAAAGCAAUUGGCUGCUGAUAUUGCCGAAGUCAACAAGUUGAAAACGCAUAAAAAGGAAACCGUAGCUGAAAUUAUCGUUGAUAUGUCGACUACUUUUGAAGAGACUGGCGUUGGAAAUCAAGUCGCUGAAUAUAUGAAGCAUUUGGGUGUGGACUAUACUUUCUUUCAAAGCACGAUACCUAACGUUGUCAAAUGGCGCCGCAAGAAAAAUGCAAAUUACAAUGAAGAGGCGGGGUUUUGGGAGCCUUGUCCGGUAUAUGUUGCGUCUGAAAAUUACGUUUUGAGCACGCUUUCGGCUCAAGAGUUUGUCGAUAUGCUUGUUGAUCCGUCAUCAGGAGACGCUACAGAAGACUCAGAGACACUCGAACAUCAUGUAUUGAAACUGAAAAGCGCCUACUCAAACUGCAAACUGAUUUAUCUUAUUAAUGGACUGUCGGCGUGGAUACGCAAAAACCAGAACUCCCGUAAUCGAGCCUUUCAAGCUGAGGUUCUCCGACAGGUGAACGAUGCAGAUAUGCUUGGUGAUGCGCAUCAAAACAAUAAAGACCACGGCAACAAACGACGACGCAAAAAGACUAAGAAGCCUGAGGACUCACCACCAGUGGAUGACGAUAUCAUCGAAGACGCCCUCCUCCAGCUUCAAGUCACUCACAACUGUAUCAUCUACCAUACAACUACCUCCACUGAAACGGCUGAAUGGAUCAAGAACUUCAGUGAACACAUCUCCACGGUUCCCUACCGACACGCUCAAAUGGCUCAACAUGACGGCGCUGCUUUUUGUAUGGAAACCGGACAGGUGAAAACUGGGGAAGACAAACUGGACACUUUUGUUAAGAUGUUGCAAGAAAUCAACCGUGUAACCGCUCCCAUGGCAUAUGGAAUUAUUGCGAAGUAUCCCAGUGUUGUGGAUUUGUUGAAAGGGAUGAAACAUCAUGGCCCGACUUUGUUAGAAGAUGUACGAAAAUCGGCGAAUAAGAAUGGGGCAUUGACGGAUUCGAGAAUUGGUCCGGCGGCUAGUAAACGGCUGUAUAAGGUUUUUAUGGGAUUGGAUGAGGAAUCUGCUGAUAUCUGA